AGUAGCCUCACCUACCAUUACACACAACACAACCACAUCUCAUUUUUCUUUUCCUUUUUAGCUUCUCUUUCUCUUCCCCCUUCCUCUUCUCUUUUUUCUUUCAUCCAUACAUAAAAACUUUAAAACACAAAAAAGAAAAAACAAAAAACAAAAAACACCAUUCUUCUUCUCUCUGCAGCUCUCUAAUGGACUCCAUUUCUACCUGUUAGUUCAGUUUUCAGGUUCAAUUUUGCUUUACCAAAUUCAAACUCUCAAAUAUAAAGGUGAAAAGAAAGAAAUUUGACAGAAUGAUCGGAAAUAACUUCGUCGAUGAGAUAGAUUGCGGCAGUUUCUUCGACCAUAUCGACGACCUUCUCGAUUUUCCCGUGGAGGAUGUCGACGCCGGUUUACCUCCGGCAAAGGGCGGCGACUCAGCCAACUCAUUCCCAACCAUUUGGCCCACUCACUCCGAGUCACUACCCGGUUCCGACUCGGUAUUCUCCGCCAAUAGCAACUCCGAUUUGUCGGCAGAGCUCUCUGUUCCGUAUGAGGACAUUGUUCAAUUGGAUUGGCUUGCAAACUUUGUUGAGGAUUCAUUCUGUGGUGAAGGUCUUACAAUGAACAAAGAAGAGGUCAAGGAUUUGACACAUAAUAAUAACCAAUUCCAAACCUCUAGCCCAGUUUCUGUUCUUGAAAGCAGCAGCUCUUGCUCUAGUGACAAGACCCUGCAGCCGCGUAGUCCUGAACCAACCGUCGCCACUCCGGGUCAGCAGCGUGGCCGUGCACGCAGCAAACGCCCUCGUCCUGCAACCUUCAGUCCCCGGUCCCCAAUAAUUCAGCGUAUUUCCCCUGCUUCCUCUGUCACUGAAACAACCACCCCUGAUCAAGCAUUGCAGCUUGUUCCAAAGGCCGCAUCGGACACCGACAACUUCGCCGAGUCCCGGCCUUUGGUCAAAUUGCCAAAGCAUGGUGCUGGGUCGGGAACACAGAAGAUCAAGAACAAGAAAAUCAAGUUGUCUUUUUCGCUUGCACCCCCAUUAGAGGGAGGAGCCGGAAACCAAAACUUGCCGUCGUCGCAAUCGGUAAGGAAGUGUAUGCAUUGUGAGAUAACCAAAACUCCACAAUGGCGGGCAGGACCAAUGGGGCCAAAAACGCUUUGCAAUGCUUGUGGUGUUCGGUAUAAGUCUGGUAGACUCUUCCCUGAGUACCGACCAGCAGCGAGUCCAACGUUCAUCCCAUCGUUGCACUCGAAUUCCCACAAAAAGGUGUUGGAAAUGAGAAACAAGACCGACGAGAAUACAGCUGCAAUAACCAUAAGCGUGCAACCAGAGCUGAUUCCAAACCCAAACAGCGCAAUUUCAAUGGAUUACAUGUGAAGAAGAAGAAGAAGAAGAAAGAAGGGUGAUGUGUGUGUGGUUGGUUGGUUGGUUGGUUUGUGUUUAGUAUGAAAUAGUUUUUAGGUGGUUGUCUUUCUUGUACAGGGGAAGGUGGGGGCAACUUGGGAAAGGUUUUAGGUUUUUUUUUUUUAAAUUUUAUUUUUAAUUAGAUGAGAAAGUAGUUGAGAAAGAAGAGAAAACUGAUAUAAUGGACUUAGAGACAUCAAAACUUUUAAGCUUAGGUGAAGUUUUAGUGUUGUUUUAGGUGUUCAUCUGUCCGUCAUCGUAUGUUGCCUCUCUUCUUCUCUCUUUUGCAUUCUUUUUUCCUUUCUUGGUAAUUCUUUUUGCAGUUCAUUUGUAGUCAUCAUCAAAAUUCUGAGCUUUUAAGUAAUGAAAUUUCAGGUUAUUUUAC